AUGAAGGUGCGGGUCCGGCCUCUUGUCUACGGACUCUGCUUCGUCCUGCUUUUUCUUCUUUAUAGGAAGCUUCCUUCUGGAGAAACGGCAAGCAUCGAUCAGCUUCAAUCCAUUCGCGAGUCGCCGCACAGCCAAGUUAACUUCCAUGGAGAUCUUGCUCAUCCUCAAAUGCAUGCAGGUGCGAUUUUAGGGCAACAAGUUGUCAAGCACAAGAAACGAGAGCCGGUUUGGAAAGACUGGCACGACCACGAGUUUAUGCGCGAAGAAGCUGCUCGAACAGGCUUGGGAGAACAAGGACGGCCGGUAGAACUUCUCGAGAAUGAAAAGUUGGACUCGGCGUAUCGAGACAACGGCUUCAACAUUCUCGUUUCCGACAGAAUCGCGCUCGAUCGCAGCCUUCACGACAUUCGCCACAACAGCUGUAAAUCGAAAAAAUAUCAUUCCGACCUGCCAGAUGUCUCCGUAGUGAUUCCUUUCCACAACGAAGGCUUUACCACACUCCUAAGAACCCUUCAUUCCCUCCACAAUCGAUCGCCAGACUCCUUGCUAAGAGAGAUUAUUCUAGUCGAUGAUGCUAGUACUCGCCUGUAUUUAAAAACGGACUUGGAGAAGACCUUGGCAAAGUUUACGAAAGUCAAGCUUAUUCGAAACCCAACGAGACAAGGACUGAUUCGCAGUCGAGUCCGUGGCGUUCAUCUGGCGAAAGGCGAGGUUGUGGUGAUUCUGGACUCGCACGUAGAAGUAGCAAACAACUGGCUCCCUCCGUUGCUUCAUCCGAUCUCGUUGGACCGCAAGACUGUUGUCUGCCCAAUGAUUGACAUCAUCGACAACGAAAACUUUCAAUAUAUCAGCCAGCCUGGCGACGCAAUGCGAGGAGCAUUUGACUGGGAGUUGUACUACAAAAGAAUCCCCAUUCCAAAAGAAAAACGCCCCAAAGAUCCAUCAGAUCCGUUCGAAUCACCAGUUAUGGCAGGUGGGCUGUUUGCGAUCGAACGAAAUUAUUUCUACGAGAUUGGGUUGUAUGACGAAGGUCUCGAAAUUUGGGGCGGUGAGCAGUACGAGCUCUCAUUCAAAAUUUGGAUGUGCGGAGGAAGGAUUCUUGACGCUCCAUGCUCCCGAAUCGGUCAUAUCUAUCGAAAGUUUGUUCCAUAUACUAUUCCCAAUACUGGCGGCCCGAAUUACAAUUAUAAACGAGUAGCAGAAGUCUGGAUGGACGAAUAUGCUGAGUUCUUUUAUAAAAGACGUCCUUAUGUUCGCAAAAUCGAUGCUGGAGAUCUGACGAAGGCCAAGGCUCUCCGUGCGGAACUCAACUGCAAAUCAUUUGACUGGUACAUAAAGAACAUCAUUCCUGACCUGCUCCAUUACUAUCCUCCGAUUCUGCCUCCUUCUGCCGCCUGGGGCCAGUUACGGCAUAUUCAGUCCGGCCUCUGUAUGGAUCCACAAGUCAAAAAGGGUAGUCAAGUAAUUGUGUCGCCAUGUAAGAAAGGAAGCCAUGCCCAGGAUUUGCAACUGACGUGGCGGGAAGACAUCCGACCUGGUCAGACUCCUGAAAGCGCCGUUCGAAUCUGUCUAGACGCAAGUUACCGAAGCAAGAGCAUCCUGACUUGGGACUGUCACAAUCAGCACGGAAACCAGCUGUGGAAGUACAUGGACAAACAACUCGUCCAUCCUUCCUCGAAAAAGUGCGCGACUGUUGACGCCUCCAAACUUUUGAUGAUGCCCUGCUCGCAAGUUGGCGAUCCAGCCUUUCAAUGGCAGUGGGAAAACAUCAACGCUACUCAACUCGAAGACAUGGUAAGAAUCGAAGUGAUGGACGAAGCUUUGGGCACAGUAAAAGAAUACCUUACAGGACGACAAGAAGUUCCUCCUAGAACAAAUGCUCAGAUCUUAAAAGAAACCGGAGUUGGAUUUAUCGGCGGCUUAGUUAUUGGAGCUCUGGUCAAGAAAGUGGGAAAAUUGGCUUUUUCUACUGUUGGCGGUGGAAUCACCUGUAUUUCUGUUCUGACCCAACUUGGAUACAUCAAAGUCGACUGGCCAAAAGUAAAAAACGAUUACAACAAGCUGAAAAGCCGCAAUCCCCAGUUCGAUUUAUCCAAGUACCCGACUGAAGAGAUAAUAAAAGAGAAUGUGCCUCUUUCUUGCGGACUUGCAGGUGGCGCGCUUGUUGCCAUAGCAACAUAA